CCGAGGACCAGACGGCGGGAUGGCGGGGGCUCUGCUGGGUGCCCUGCUCCUCCUGGAGCUCCUCGGUGGAGGUGACGGCAAGAACGAAGAGCUACGUCUCUACCACCAUCUUUUCGACAACUACGACCCAGAACGCCGGCCGGUGAAGGAGCCUGAAGACACUGUCACCAUCACCCUCAAGGUCACCCUGACCAACCUGAUCUCACUAAACGAGAAAGAGGAGACCCUCACCACCAGCGUCUGGAUUGGAAUCGACUGGCAGGAUUACAGACUCAACUUCAGUAAGGACGACUUCGGGGGCAUAGAAACCUUGCGGGUCCCUUCGGAGCUCGUGUGGCUGCCUGAGAUCGUGCUGGAAAACAACAUCGACGGCCAGUUCGGCGUGGCCUACGACGCCAACGUGCUGGUCUACGAGGGCGGCUACCUGAGCUGGCUGCCCCCGGCCAUCUACCGCAGCAGCUGCGCCGUGGAGGUCACCUACUUCCCCUUUGACUGGCAGAACUGCUCGCUCGUCUUCCGCUCGCAGACGUACAACGCCCGAGAGGUGGCGUUUGUCUUCGCCGUGGAUGACGAGGGCAAGACCAUCAGCAACAUCGACAUCGACACCGAGGCCUACACUGAGAACGGCGAAUGGGCCAUCGAUUUCUGCCCCGGACUGAUCCAUCACCACGGGGGCUCCGCGGACGACCCGGGGGGCAUUGACGUCAUCUACACGCUCAUCAUCCGCCGGAAGCCGCUCUUCUACACAAUCAACAUCAUCGUGCCCUGCGUGCUCAUCUCGGGCCUGGUGCUGCUCGCCUACUUCCUGCCGGCGCAGGCCGGCGGCCAGAAGUGCACCGUGUCCAUCAACGUCCUGCUGGCGCAGACCGUCUUCUUGUUCCUGAUCGCCCAGAAGACCCCCGAGACGUCGCUGAGCGUGCCGAUGCUGGGCAGGUACCUCAUCUUCGUCAUGGUGGUCGCCACGAUCAUCGUCAUGAAUUGCGUCAUCGUGCUCAACUUGUCACUGCGGACGCCCACCACGCACGCCGCGUCUCCGCGGCUGCGCCACGUCCUGCUGGAGCUGCCGCCUCGCCUCCUGGGCUCCCGCGCGCCGCCCGAGCCCCCCCGGGCCGCCUCGCCGCCCCGGCGCGCGUCGUCGGUGGGCCUGCUGCUCCGCGCCGAGGAGCUGAUACUGAAAAAGCCGCGGAGCGAGCUCGUGUUUGAGGGGCAGAGGCACCGGCAUGGGCCCUGGACCGCCGCCCUCUGCCAGAGCCUGGGCGCCGCCGCCCCCGAGGUCCGCUGCUGCGUGGACGCCGUGAACUUCGUGGCCGAGAGCACGCGAGACCAGGAGGCCUCCGGCGAGGAGGUGUCCGACUGGGUGCGCAUGGGGAAGGCCCUCGACAACAUCUGCUUCUGGGCCGCCCUGGUGCUCUUCGGCGUGGGGUCCAGCCUCAUCUUUCUGGGGGGCUACUUCAAUCAAGUGCCCAAGCUGCCCUACCCGCCGUGUAUGUAGACGGCUCUUCCACCGCCUCCGGGAGGAAACCGGGCGUGAAAAAACCAAGUUGCAGUCGCUGCCGCAGCGGGAUUCUUUCCUAAUGCCGAUAAUAAACCCGGGCCUUUCCGUCUCAAGAA